UGACAAUUGUUUUGUUUCUAUUACCUGCUAAUAGAAUUGGGUUUAAUUUGCAAAUGUAGCUUGAUUUAAACUCUAUCACCCAACAGAAGAAAUAUUUUGCCUUAACUGAAUUGCUAGCUCUCAGUGGGUUUGAGUGGAAUGAAGAGAAAAUGAUGUUGGCUUGUGAGAAAAGUGCGUAUGACGAGGCUACGAAGGGUAAAAAGGAUGCAAGUGGAUUGUACGAUAAGCCUUUUCCGCACUACCACAGUUUGGGAGAGAUUUAUGCAAAAGAUCGUGGUAUGGGUGCAAAUGCUGGUAACGCUGAUGACGAUGAAGAAGAAGUUAGACUUGAAGAUGCCAAUGUCAAUCAACAUGAAGGUGAGGAUGAAAGUGGAAAUGACUUUGAUACUUCUUUCUCAGUACCAAAUACCCAACAACAAAGGAAUGCAGAAAGUAACACAUCAAACAUUAGUCGCAAAAGGACAAGAGUAGCGGAUGAAAUGGCCAAGCAAUUCUAUAUUAUGGCUAAAGCUAUAGCCGAUGUGGGACCUAAGAUUGAUGGUCUAGUUCAUGCACUGUCAACCGAUAUAAAUCUGACCGAAAUGCAACAAAAACUUGACAGUGAGUUGACCAAAAUGGAGUUUUUGUCUCCCAUGGAUUUAUUUAAAGUCACUAACUUCUUGGCCAAAGAACAUGACCUUUUGAGGGUGUUUUUCAACAUGUCUGAUGAAAGGAAGAGUGCAUAUGUGACUACUUUGUUGCAGACUUGGAUGCAUAACGACAUCUAA